ACAACGAUUCAGUUGUCAUCGGACUCCCGGGGUUAAAUAGCGUGCACAAACCUAUACACAGUGCUUCAAGAUGUUGUGGAAACUAGCCUUUGUAACCGUUUUGGCAGUUGGUGUUUUAAGCGAUACUGUAAUAAAUGAAGAAGCAACACAAAAAGUUAGAGAUGCACUAAAAGCGCAAUGCAAGAAGAAUGGCGCAGAAGACCAGGCGGCUUCUGUUGAGACAGCAGCUCAAAAUUUCGUUGAAUGUGUUAAAGGCUUGUUUGACUUUUCAACUAUCAAAAAAGAAAUCGAAGAUGCUAAACCCAAUGGAGCCCUCGACGAAGUAUUCGGAAAGUAUUGCGCAAAGUCCCCGCAACUGAAGACCUGUAUCCAUAGCCUAACAACAUCUAUAAGCCCGUGCCUUGAGAGCACCACCCGGGAGCAGAUUGGACCACUUAACAAUGGAGCAGAUCAGCUUAUCGACUUCGUGUGUUACAAGGAUGGUGACAGGAUCGCUUUGUUCAUCGCUGAAGGAGGCCCCGAAUGUUUCCAAAGCAAGGCCGAGCCCAUCCGUGAAUGCGCAAACAAAAUCAAAGACAGUGUAGCUAGCGUUGAAGCCGCUCAGAGCCUUACCAUUGUUGAGCAAUGUGGCAAAUUCGAUGAGUUGACAUCAUGUAUUGUGAAGGCUUUAGAGGGUUGCACCACACCAACACCUGGCAACAUGGCCGAGUCUCUGUUCCGAUUUGUCCGCAAAGGCUCGCCUUGUAACACAGCAGCCCCCAAGAAGAACUGAUGAGUGUUAACAUCAUAAGCGGAGCGGUGUGAUAUUGUGCCAUUUUCAAAUGUAACUUAUCGUUAAUAAAAUGUAUAUUACGAUAUUA